UUCAGUUACUGAAAUCAUGAAUCCUGUGUAUAGCCCUGGAUCUUCUGGGGUUCCCUAUGCAAAUGCCAAAGGAAUUGGUUAUCCAGCUGGCUUCCCAAUGGGCUAUGCAGCAGCUGCUCCUGCCUAUUCCCCUAAUAUGUAUCCUGGCGCAAAUCCUACCUUCCAAACAGGUUAUACACCAGGCACCCCAUAUAAAGUAUCUUGUUCACCCACUAGUGGUGCAGUGCCACCGUAUUCUUCCUCACCGAAUCCCUAUCAGACUGCUGUGUACCCAGUUCGAAGUGCCUAUCCACAGCAGAAUCCGUAUGCACAGCAAGGCACUUACUACACGCAGCCUUUAUAUGCAGCACCACCCCACGUAAUUCACCACACCACAGUUGUGCAGCCUAAUGGCAUGCCAGCAACUAUGUAUCCUGCUCCAAUUCCACCACCAAGAGGAAACGGUGUGACUAUGGGGAUGGUGGCUGGGACUACUAUGGCAAUGUCAGCAGGUACUUUGUUGACGACUCAUUCCCCAACUCCAGUAGCCCCUCAUCCAGUUACUAUGCCCACGUAUCGGGCUCCAGGAACACCAACCUAUAGUUAUGUGCCCCCACAGUGGUGAUCAUCCUGGCAGUCAGUGUUUGAAGAUGGGAGAUAUGCAAUCAAGAAAUUGAGGUUUAAAAGUUGGUGCUGAAGCCCUCAUGCCUCCAACCAGGACUUUUCUUCUGAACGCUUUCAACACUUGGCUAAACACUACUAAUUCCUGAUCACUGAAGAUUUUCCAGUGCUGCAUAUCUUACAUCUUGGAACUCCAGCAGUUAGUCUUAAAGCAAAUCCUGUUUUGUGGACUGUCUUGCAAUUUUUUAGCUAAUUAUAAUGAUAAAAAGGGAGUAUAAAUUUAUUCUGAUCCAUAUCUAGUUGAAUGCAUGUUAAAACACAAAAACAAAGCUUGCUCAAUCUACCUGCAGUGACUGAUGCAAAAACCAUCAUAUGCAAAUCCAAAGGAACCGAAAAAGUAUUUUACAACUUGUAUCACUAAUGCACUGUUGUAAUGUAUGCAGGGUCUUCAAAGGUAGAGUCAUGAAAGUGAGUUUCUUUAUAGAAUACCAUAAUAUACAUUAGAUAAGUGCUUCAGCCUGUUUCAGGUUGAUGGAGUUGCCAGUUUAAAAGGGGCAUAUUUUUCUUUAAGUGAUGUAUUCUUUUUAAAUUCAACUACUAAAUUGGAGUGACUGGAAAAUGAGUCGGACAAGCUAUAGAAAUCCUGCACACAAUUAGUUUACUUCAUACCUUUUCGUUUUCAUUAUAUGGAUUCAGUGUUAUACAGGUGUUCUUAAGGAUGAGAAU